UGGCUACCUGUCUGCACGAUGCCGUUCGAGUUUGUCUACCAGCAUCUGCAAGUCUACAUAUAUUGCUCUGCUCACAUCCAGGCGAUCUCACGAGAGCUGUGUCGUCGUUGGAUCGGUAGGACCUAAAAGGAAAGCGCGCUGAGAGAGAGAGAGAGAGAGAGAGAGAGAGAGAGAUGGCCGGUGGGGCCUUUGUGGUGAACGAUGGCCCCGCCCCGGACUACGGCGGACGGCUGACGCUGUCGGUGCUCAUGACCUGCUUCGUGGCCGCCUCCGGUGGCCUCAUCUUCGGCUAUGACAUCGGCAUCUCAGGCGGCGUGUCGCAAAUGGAGCCGUUCCUGCGGCGGUUCUUCCCGCACGUCCUGGAGAAGAUGGCGGUGGCGAAGCACAACGACUACUGCCUCUACGACAGCCAGGCGCUCACGGCCUUCACGUCGUCGCUGUACGUCGCCGGCCUGCUGGCGUCGCUCGUGGCUAGCCGCGUCACCAAGGCCAUAGGGCGGCAGCGCGUCAUGCUCGUGGGCGGGGCGCUCUUCUUCGCCGGCGGCGCCAUCACCGGCGCGGCUAUGAACAUCGCCAUGCUCAUCAUUGGGCGCAUGCUGCUCGGCUUCGGCGUCGGCUUCACCAACCAGGCGACUCCUGUGUUCCUGUCCGAGAUGGCCCCGACGCAGUGGCGCGGCUCCCUUACCGCCGGCUUCCAGAUCUUCCUCGCCCUCGGCGUCCUCAUCGCCAACCUCACAAACUACGCCACCGCGCGCAUCUCCUGGGGCUGGCGCCUCUCCCUGGGCCUCGCCGGCGCGCCGGCUGUGAUCAUCUUCCUGGGCGCCCUCUUCCUCACGGACACCCCCAGCAGCCUCGUCAUGCGCGGCAAGGCCGACGAGGCCCGCGCCGCGCUCGUCCGGGUGCGCGGGGCGGGCGCCGACGUGGACGCGGAGUUCCAGGACAUCGUGCGCGCCGUGGAGGUCGCGCGCGAGAGCGAGGAAGGCGCGUUCCACCGGAUGGCGACGAGGCGCGAGUACCGCCCUCACCUGGUGCUCGCCGUGGCCGUGCCCAUGUUCUUCCAGCUCACCGGCGUCAUCGUGCUCUCCUUCUUCGCGCCGCUGGUGUUCCGCACCGCCGGGUUCGGCAGCAACGCCGCGCUGAUGGGCGCCGUCAUUCUCGGCGGCGUGAACCUGGGGGCGCUCAUGCUCUCCACCCUCGUCAUCGACCGGUACGGCCGCAGGGUGAUGUUCAUGGUCGGCGGCAUCCAGAUGAUCGUUGCCCAGGUUGCGAUGGCAUGGAUCAUGGGCGCGCAGGUGGGGAAGAGCGGCGACGCGCCGAUGGCGAGGCCGUACGGGGUUGCGAUCCUGGUGUUCACGUGCAUGCACGCCGCCGGGUUCGGGUGGUCGUGGGGGCCGCUGGGGUGGGUGGUGCCGGGCGAGAUAUUCCCGGUGGACAUCCGGUCGGCGGGGCAGGCCAUGAACGUGUCCAUCGGCCUCGGCCUGACGUUCGUGCAGACGCAGUCGUUCCUCCCCAUGCUCUGCAGCUUCAAGUAUGCCACGUUCGCCUACUACGCCGGCUGGGUCGCCGUCAUGACCGUCUUCAUCGCGCUGUUCCUGCCGGAGACCAAGGGCGUGCCGCUCGAGUCCAUGGGCACCGUCUGGGUCAAGCACUGGUACUGGAAGCGCUUCGUGCAGCCGCAAGCAAAAAUCGCGGACUCACUCACCUAGUUAACUGGGCCCCGUCAAGUCUGUUCGCUAUGUAAACCAAACGAACUCCUCGUUGACUCCUAUACGCAUCAGUUGACCCCACAACUUUUAACAAUCUGUCUUUAGUUAUAUACUCCCUCUAUUUCUAAAUAUAAGUCUUUCUAGAGAUUUCACUAUGGAUCACAUACAAAUAUAUAGAUGCAUUUCAGAGCGUAGAUUCACUCAUUUUGAUUCAUAUGCAGUGCAUAAUGAAAUCUCUACAAAGACUUGUAUUUAAAAAUGGAGGUAGUAUAUAUUUGAGCAAACUUUUGACAAAAUUUGAAGAGUUUGUGUCAAUUGACCUCAUAGAUUUAUUGGGUCUGGCACUGCAUUGUUUAGCGGGGCACUUUCUUGAGCCAUUUCUUUUCCGCUUGAGCCAUGCGGGGAAUGGAGAUUAUGGGAGGACCAGGGAAGUAGGUGAAAUCGGAUUCGACGAAGAGACACCAAUAAACCUAAAAUUAUUUUUUUGAUGAAAAUACUCAACUUCAUAUUUUACAUUCUUAAGAAGUUGCUUCCCACUAUAAGGUAUUCUCUUAACAUGCAAACAGUCCAACUCAUCAUGCCAUGUCAUCAGAUACCAGCCAACCACAAGUCAGCGAUUACAGAAGAGACCCACCAUAGGUAGACAACAAAUCAUGUGAUUAAAUUUUAGUUUGCAUGUAGUCAUUCCCUGGUCACCGAAAAGACCAUCGUUUCCUCUUCAAUUCAGUUACAACUACAGAACGCACCUAUCACAAGAUAAUCAGUACAACACGACCUUCUCUAUCCUUGGUAUUUUUCGCUGGCUACAAUAGGGUGCGGCGUCUGGGAUCCCAUCUAUGUGUGAGGAAGCUCCUCCGGUCCGGAUCGCCUCUACGACCCUUCCUAAUUCUCUGAGAUAUGUUCCCCUCCGUUGUGGCGACUGUAUCGUCAAGACGGUGUCCGUGGUGCCCUGGUCCUCUCCAUUCUAUCUCUCCGUUCUAGCCAAGAUACCUCCGCCGCCUCUGGGGAUGUUCGACCCGUUCAGUUCGACUGGAUCAGAUCGAACUCUGGGGUUCUGGAGCUGGCUUUCUUUCCGAUCUGGUGGUGAUGCCGGCCUGUGCCAUGUAGCGGAGGGCUUUCUUUUUGGCCUUGAGGGGUCGGACUGAUGGCGACGCAGGACAUGACCUCCUUUUCCAGCAAGAACUUGCAAGAGCCCUAGAUCCAACUCCUUCCGCGGGUGUCGUCCCGGCUGAUGCAUAGACGAGCUUCUACUACGGCAAUGGUAGCUUUAUUUUUUGGCAAGCCAAUCUGCAGUCUUAUCUCCAAUAUCUAAUUUUGUAUAUACUCCGUAUAUCACAAUAAAAUCUCUCUCCCAUUAUGGUAGGAUGUAUACUACAAGAUGUGAGGUGCCACUUCUUACUCAGCCGCAAAUCUUUCAUGAAUACAAUACAGACCAUAUAUAAUAAGUUUCAGUUUUACAAGCAAAAUCCCAUACUUCACAUGACAUUGUUUUUCUCAGGCAACUACAAUGAACAUUCACGUGUCUUUUCUUUUACUUAAUUUCCUACCUUUCAUAUUUGUAAUUGCUCUGAUUUAGAAUGAUGAUUGCAAGACUCUUUCCUGUACCUGGCUUACUCAAGCAUCUUUGACAGGGAAAAGAAGAUGAUGAAAAAAUGCUUAAAUAUUUUUGCAUGGUGUUGUCUGUACUGUAGUCUUAUAUUUUUCCAAAUGGCCCAAAUUUGCGAUGGAUUUAUGUUGCGUGGCCGAUCAGGGAAGAUGAAGAGGCAUAUAUUAUGCCCUUAUAUCUAUUGCCUACAGCACAUACAUAUUUGCUACGUAAAACUGGUUGGAUGCCACUUGAGUAUUAAUUCAUUGAGGUGACAUCCUCUGUGAUUUCACAUUACUUUCUAAUUCCAAUCGAAAAAUGCAGCUAAUGUUUGUUCGUCCUUUAAUUGCUUUGUAUUAUUUCAGGUUGUUCACCUUUGGUUACUCCAGAAUUAUUUUUGUUCUACAUCUUUAGUUUAGCAAUAAUGUUUACUUUUCCAAAACUUAUAAUUCUCAUUUCUAUGUAUCUAUCUUCAUCAUCAAGGUUAUGAAAGGAGAAACAUGCGAUUUACUUUAUUUGGAACAUAUUACAUAUUCUAACCAUUCAA